AUAAAAUAAAAAUCCCAGCGGCAAGCGAUGACUGUUUUACGUAGAACCGCUCUCAGACUGUAAGGCGGGAACAAAAUCCAAUUUCCCUCCAUAAAUCUCUUUCCUCUCUCCAGAUAACGUUUUAUUUUACACUUUCACUCUCCCACGCUGGCGAUGAAAAAAAGUCCUAAACUAUAACAACCGAAAGAUUUAAGAAAACCCUAAUUGUGCGAAAUUAUAGAAUGGAUCGAUUAGCUGAAGAAGGCAAGCUUGAGUCUGGAAGAAGGAACGUUCGGCGGCGGUUCGUUCAGUCGACUCUGUUUCCGCAGAAAUCACCCAAACAAGAAUGUGACGGCGGAGAUCAGAUUGCCUACAAGGAAUGUGAUGUAGAGGGUGAUAAUGAAGAUGAUCAGGAAUUCUGUUGUAGUAGUCAGGGCAAGAAGAGUAGAAAGCGAAAGGGAAAGGCAACGCCUCCAGCGACUAAAUCUUCUAAAAAGAUGAAAGGUAAGUCUCCAAACAGCUCUACGCCGAAGAAAAACGGGGUUCGUAGUGGGAAAGUAUUAAACAAUGUCAUGGAGAGUGAGGAGCCAUCUCCUCCCGUCCCUAAUUUAAGACUAGAAGCUAAAUUGACUGCUGAGGAAAAUUUGCGGAUUUUUGCUGGAAAGCAGAUACAUCCUUUUUUUGCUGUAAGGACAGGAAAGAAAAAUCUGGAGAUGACCGAAGUAGACAGUAAUUGUUGUUCAAUUGAAAGAAAAGAUAAAAACCUUAAUAUUGGUCCUAUUCAUGUAUUUGAAAGGAGUCAGGAUGAAUUUGUGUCUAUUAAUUGGGGAAAUUGGACCUUUUGUGAGAAAACAUCUACCGGUGGAAGUUGUUAUAUGGAGGGCACAAUCUCCACUGUGUUUGAAAGCUCUGUUGAGUCCUUAAAUUUAGAAAAGCUUCCCCAUGAUUCACAUCCCGGAGAUGAAUCUCUUCUUCAAGACAGGAUAUUGUUGGAUCAAUGUUUUGUUCAAGGAGAACAUGUGGUUGAAACAUCACCAAAAGUCUCAGUCAUGUUAGUUGAUGAGCAGGAGGCAUGCUGUCAGAUCUUGAAUGGAUCAGAUGCGCAGGACCAUCAGCUGGAUGAAACUAGAUUACCUGGAAAUGCUCCUUCUGUUAGAAAAUCUGAUGUGGAAGAGAAAUUUAUAUUUCCUCAAGAAAGGUUAAUGUCAUGCUAUAAUGGUUGCGGUAGUCAGCUGAAGGAUAGCCUAUGGAUAGACAAAUACCGUCCGAAAAAUGCCAUGGAGGUGUGUGGAAAUAAUGAAUCAGUAAAGUUUAUAAGUGACUGGCUGCAAUUUUGGCAUGAAAGAGAAUUUCGGGUCAUCAAAGAUUCCUCUGGUAGUGACAAAUGCAGUUCGCAAGGUGAUUAUGCAAUUGAGUCUGAUUCAGAAAAUAUAGAUGAAGAUGGCUUGAAGAAUGUUCUUCUAGUUACAGGGCCUGUUGGGAGUGGGAAAUCUGCAGCUAUUCACGCUUGUGCAAUUGAGAAAGGAUUUAAAGUUCUAGAGAACAAUGCAUCGGAUUGUCGAUUAGGAGCUGUUGUGAAGCAGAAAUUUGGAGAAGCUUUAGAAUCGCAUUGCCUGAACAGGUCAAUGGGAAAUCCUCUGGAUUUGCAGAAUAAGAAUACCAUGGAAUCUACCAAAGUUCUGUGCAAUGGUGAAGCACUGCAGCAAGUUGAUGAUGAGAUGAUCAAAGUGUUUCGCACAUCAGAUAAAGAAAAUUCUCAUGACGUCUUGGGAAUGUCAGAGAAGUAUGUCUGCAAAGAGAAAACUAUCUAUGAUAGAGCAGAUGUCAAACCCUUGAUUCUUUUUGAGGAUGUGGAUAUUGUUUUUGCUGAAGACCGUGGUUUCAUAUCUGCCAUUAAACAAAUUGCGGAAAAAGCUAAGGGGCCUGUAAUACUGACUAGCAAUAGUAACGAUGUCGUUUUGCCAGACAAUUUGAACAGGUUUGAAAUAUCUUUCACCAUGCCAUCACCAAAAGAUCUGCUUUCCCAUUUGUUUAAGAUCUGUGCUGCUGAGAAAGUGGACAUUGAACGUCAUUUACUAGAGCAGUUGAUUGGAUAUUGUGAUACAGAUAUCCGGAAAACCAUUAUGCAUCUUCAGUUCUGGUACCAGAAUAAAAGAUCUAGAAAAGAUAAAAGAAUGCGGAAUGUGUGUUGUCCACUACUAUUUGAUGCUGAGGCUGGUCAUCAAUUGCUUCCGAAGAUAAUCCCUUGGGAUUUCCCAUCUAGGCUAUCUGAACUGGUUGAGAAGCAGAUCUCCAAGUCACUAUCCUUGAUGGAAGAAAAUGCUGUCUUGAGGGAGCUAGCAGAGGGGGGACACAAGGAAAUGCUAAGUAGGCAAGAUAUGCAUAAUAUUAAAACAGACAGCAUAGAGGCCAAGAAGGAAGCAAUGUUAAGCUUGAAUUGCUCUGUUCUCACUAACAAUGAAUUUGGAGAUCCUCUGAAUACUGCUUGCGGGCUUUCCAGUUUCCCUGGUGCCCCAGUCUCAUUUGCUCGGCGAGACAUUAGGAGAAGAGUCAAUGUAGUUACAUCUUCUGAUUCUGAAGAUAAUCUCUCCCUUGGUAUAUGUCCUCCAAUGGCAGAGGAGAGUACUAACAAAGAAAUAUACCCUGAAGAUUAUGGUAGUUUUCAAAUUUCAAAUACACAUAACUACGUAAAACCAACUGACAAGCUGCUCCAUUCUGAAGCAGGAAACAUUGAGGAAAAGCAUUAUCAAUGUUCAGAAAUAUCAAACAGCUAUAUUAAUGGUACAUGCAAAUUAGUUGAUGUAUCAUGUGUCCCAGAAUCAACGUUUGUUCCAGAAACUGAAACUGGAGUAGAGUUAUCCGGGACAGUGUGUAGUGUGAUGUUGCGGAAACUGUAGAAUUCUGUUGGAAAUGGGUUCGAUCUUAACCUUGUGCCUGUUGAAGCUUAUGAUGAAUCUCCAGUCAGAUUACAUGAUUUUUCAGAUAUAUUGGGAAAUAUUUGUGAUGUUGCAGAACCAUCUCAAGGAGAAGAUGUGGAAGAUUCCCAAAACAAACACGGGGAGGCUGUGUCAAGAGGGUAUCAAGUUUUGGAUGAGUGUAGCCGCAUAGAUCUUGAAAAGAGAUCUGAUCCCGUGGAGAAGAUUAGGUGCUGUGUGGCAGUUGAUUUAGUGAAAGAAUCAUGGUAUAGACUUCGUCAAAGUAAAACAGACCUAAAACAGUACGUCACCUCAGAAAAGACAGAUGCUUUUCAAAUAGUAAAACUUGCUAAUGGGAUGUGCAAACUAAUUUCUGAUUCUGACCUGUUACUUUCAAAGUGCCAAACUCUAGAUUUUUUGGAACUGUCAAAGUUUCCUUGUGAGGAAUCAGAUCCAUACAGCUGGCGUGAUGAACACUCACAGAUGACUUCCACAAUAGCACAGCAUGGAUUUCACUUUACUGCAAAAAGUGUUUCAACUGUAGUAUCAAAUCUAGCCACAAAUAGAAUGAAGGAUUUGAGUUGGGAAAUGUUUUCUUGCACAACUGAUAUGAAGACAUCCAGUAAAUUACUCAGGUGGGGUGAUGAAGUGGGUAGGGCAUUACGUUUUGGUUGUGGUUUAGAGACAAACCCACACGAAAGUAAAGCAUUGUUAGAAAGUGAGGUGAAGUCAAGUCUUUUCAAUACAAUUAAGUCCGUUGUUCCCAAGAAAUCUUACUUAGCACUGAAAGGUAAUGCAUUUCAUGAAUAUCUUUCUUCAUUGGGCUGCAUUUCAAGAUCAGAAACUUCCCGUUUAUCAGAACUCACGAGCAAGACUAAGAGACGGAGGGCUCGAGGUGCUCGGCAUUACUUGAGUAGUGGUGCAUUAACGUUAUCUCCAGAAGAUAUUUCACUACUGGGUCAAUCUUAUACGGGAAGAAUGGAUCCCAAUUAAAGGGAUGAUGGUAGUUUCAGAUAGAGAAUAAUGAAGCUAAUCUAACGGAAUCGACUCACUAACCUUUCAAAUUUUAGUGUGAUUUAGUUGGUGCGGCCAAAUAUCCACCGGGGAGAAAAGAGAGCUGCACAGACCUCUAUUCAUUGUAUAGCAACAGUUACAGGGUUCUCCUUGCAUUGAUAACAGUAUUUAAAGCAAACUGAUAUUCAAAUAAAAGGCAUUUGAUUCCAUUUAACCUCACCGAGGAUCCGGGUAGAGACCAUAACACAUACUGGAGUUUGAGGACUCAGCAAAUUGCUCCCAAUUCCAGUUGAACUUAAGCUGAAUUUUCCCUUAUUUGUUCUAGUUAGUCUAAAAUGCAACAGUUACUAUCUUCUGACCCAUUUAGUAAAAAGGGAUGGGUAAAGAGGAGCUAUAUUGAAAACUCUUUUUGUCUUUUUAUUAAUUCUAAUCAUGUUUAUAUUCAAA